UAAAUAUCAGGAGGACUGGCUGAAGCCGGGGAGCUCACCCCCCAACCCCCUGGGCACCUCCCACUCCCGGGGACCCUGAGGGCUGGCUGUGCCCGUGGCAUGCUCCGACCUUGCACAACCAGCCCGAAAGAGGAAGCACAGACAGAAAGAGCCGCAGUCAACACUCCGCAGAGCCGUUGCAAAACAAAACGGGUCCCUGGGGCCUUGGCGAGGCCAUUAUCUAAGUCCCCUUAGUCUUAGCUGUUCAUCUACCUGGUGGGGGGAGGCUUAGAAGGGUGGGUGGGUCCCCCCGGGGGCCCGCAGGUCAGAGAGGGUUGAGACAGGGACAUAGCCGCCCCCCCCCCCCGACUUGGGGCUUUUUCCUUGCAUGCAAGUGGAGGGAGGGUAAGAGGCACCGAGGCCGCGGGAGCCGGCGAGCAGCCCCGGCUGGGGGCGUCCUGACCCAGCUCCCCGCGGGCGCCGCCUGCAGCCCGGCUGAUCUGUGCAGAACUGCGCGGCGAGCGACCCCGUCUUCGCGCCGCUGACUCCACUUCCUCCCGGGCGGCGCACCGAGCACCCCGAGCUCCCCGAGCACCCGGAGCACCCCGAGCACCCCGAGCUCCCCGAGCACCCCGAGCACCCGGAGCACCCCGAGCUCCCCGAGCACCCCGAGCUCCUCGAGCACCCGGAGCACCCCGAGCACCCUGAGCUCCGAGCACCCCGAGCACCCUGAAGAUCCCCAAGCACCCCGAGCCCGCGCCGCCCGCCGAACCCCCGCCACGUCCAGCACAGCCGUCGAGAUCAAAUAGGGGGAUGAUGUGCAUACCAGCACAAGUACCACAGUUUGACUUGGAAUGAGUGUCCGGAGGCUUGCAGAAGACUUCAGAGCACCAGUACCCACUUCUCCCUAACCCCCAUCACCAAAACCUGGCUCAAUGCGCCCCUUAUUUUCCAAUUAGAAAGAUGGGUGACUCAAAUGAAGAUAUAGACCAAAUGUUCAGCAAUUUGCUGGGAGAAAUGGAUCUCCUGACCCAGAGUUUAGGAGUGGAUACUCUUCCUCCACCAGACCCUAAGCCACCUGGAACUGAGUUUAACUAUACUGUGGGCUUCAAGGAUUUAAAUGAGUCCUUAAAUGCACUGGAAGACCAAGAUCUAGAUGCCCUCAUGGCAGAGCUCGUAGCAGAUAUAAGUGAAGCUGAGCAGAGAACAAUCCAGGCACAGAAAGAGUUGGGUCAGAACCAGCAUCAUCCGACCUCUCAGGAGGUCUCCAAUUACAGUGGGGCAGCGUCUCUUGGUUAUAGAACGAACACUGCUGCAGCUAGUGGCAGCCAGUAUGAAGACCUGCCACCUCCGCCAGUUGACCCAAUGCUUGACCUUCCUCUUCCACCUCCACCUCCUGAGCCUCUCUCACAGGAAGAAGAGGAGGCCCAAGCCAAGGCUGAUAAAAUCAAGCUUGCACUGGAAAAACUUAAGGAGGCCAAGGUUAAGAAGCUUGUGGUCAAGGUGCACAUGAAUGACAGCAGCACCAAGUCCCUCAUGGUGGACGAGCGGCAGCUGGCCAGAGACAUUCUAGACAACCUUUUUGAGAAGACCCACUGUGACUGCAACGUCGACUGGUGUCUGUAUGAAAUCUACCCAGAACUACAAAUUGAAAGGUUUUUUGAAGACCAUGAAAAUGUUGUUGAAGUCUUAUCAGACUGGACAAGAGACACAGAAAACAAAGUGUUGUUUUUAGAGAAGGAAGAAAAAUAUUCUGUAUUUAAAAACCCACAGAACUUUUACUUGGUCAACAGAGGGAAAAAAGAAAACAAGGACACAAUGGAGAAAAUGAACGCUAAGAACAAAGAAUCCUUACUUGAGGAAAGUUUCUGUGGAACAUCCGUCAUUGUACCAGAGCUUGAAGGAGCUCUUUAUCUGAAAGAAGAUGGAAAGAAAUCUUGGAAAAGGCGUUAUUUUCUUUUACGGGCUUCUGGAAUUUAUUAUGUACCCAAAGGAAAAACUAAGACAUCUCGUGAUCUGGCAUGUUUUAUCCAGUUUGAAAAUGUCAACAUUUACUAUGGGAUUCAGUACAAAAUGAAAUAUAAAGCGCCCAGCGACUACUGCUUUGUUCUGAAGCACCCCCAAAUUCAGAAGGAGUCCCAGUACAUCAAGUAUCUCUGUUGUGAUGACGCAAGAACGCUAAACCAGUGGGUCGCUGGGAUCAGGAUUGCCAAGUACGGAAAGACCCUCUACGACAAUUACCAGCGAGCCAUGGCCAGGGCUGGGCUCGCGUCCCGGUGGACAAGCCUGGGCAAUACCAAUGCAGCCACUCCAGCAACGCCGCCCACAGCUCUGAAAAUGAGCCCCUGCCAGGCCAACGGUCAGAUUCCACAAGCAGCACCUUCUGUGAGCCGUGUUCAGCACGAAACCCAAAGGCCAGCCGAGCCAACCAAGGACAAGAAUCCGGCCCCGUGCCCUCCCCCCGCCAAGGCCAGCCUGCCGCCGCCGCCGCCCGUGCGCCGGUCCUCCGACGUGGCGGGGGGCAGCCCGGUGCCGCCCCCCAAGAUGUGGGCCGCCCGCUGCCCCGCGCCGCCCGACGACCUGCCGCCGCCGCCGCCACCGCCCCCUGGGGACCAGGACGAGCUGCCGCCGCCGCCGCCGCCCCCCGACUUCGGCGAGGGGCCCCCGGACUUUAUCCCGCCGCCACCGCCGUCUUGGGCGGGUGAGGAGGGGGCCCUGCCGCCGCCACCCCCGCCGCCGCCGACCGCCCCGGGCUCCGCGCCCCCCGCCGCCGCCAGGCCGCUCCCGGGCGCCGCCAGGAGGCCCCCGAUACCCCCCAAGAGGCACGAGAGCCCGGCGGGCGCGGGCGCGGGCGGCGGGGAGCAAGACUUCAUGUCGGAUCUCAUGAAAGCUUUGCAAAAGAAAAGGGCCAACAUGCCCUGAGCGCCACCCGAUGCGGAAGCAGGUGUCUCCUGGCCCUGGGACUCUGCUUCCCCGCGCCCCUCCGCCCUUGUAAAUGCUGGGGCGGUUCAGACCAGAAAGCCUAUGAGUCCGGCGAGCGCAGUCUGUCUCGGAGCGUGC